AUGGACGAAGCCGACACUAUGCUUGAUGCUGAGGCACAAGAGCUCCAUGAUCGAGGACCUGAUGACGAGGCCAGAAACGAGCAGGAGAUAGAGAUGAGUGCACCACCUGAUCCUCGAGGAGCUCUCGUGGAGAAGACAGGCUCACAAAUCCAAUCGUUGAACCAGAUGCUCUCAGAACAGUUCAAGUCGAGAGCACUGACGGAUUCAACCCCGAUUGGGAUAUAUUCUACCUCGAAAGCUGAUGGCGACGAUGGGCUGACAAACAAACCGAAUGUGCAGGCUGAAGACGCCCAGCAGGAGGAAGGGCAGCCCGCACCGGCUCCUACUCGCUUCCUCUCCCGGCAAAGAUCCCGAGGAAGCUCUGGCUUCCAAGAUCUCGGGACUAUCCGAGAGGCCGUGAAGGAUGCGGACGGGACGAGGAGGGGAGAGGAGCCAAGGAGGGGAGAGGAGCCAAGGAGGGGAGAGGAGCCAAGGACUCACAUGCCCAAUGGGCGAGAUGUGGAAGAGCCUGCGGAUGUUCCCUCUGACUCACGAGCUGACCUCCCAAAAUCGAACGAGACUGUCCCGGAAUCAGAGUUGGACUGGAACAGAUCGCUGAAGUCACCGAGACGAGAGUUGAGGCAGAGUGCCGUACGAGAGAAUGGUGGAGGGCUUGUCUUUUGCUCUGCGAUACGAUGCACUGGGCACUCGGAUGAUGAGUUUGAAGAGAACCAUCACGACGCACGAGCUCUAGCGGAGGAGACACCCAGUAACACCUACUCAUAUGACCCGGUGCAGUGGCAGAAUGCAUGGCAAGAGAGUGUGUCAUAUAACGAGGAGGAUGUGUCCAAUAUCCCCAACCGCCACAUGGAGGACGACUGGGUGUACGAUGACGGCGAGGAAGGAGUCGACCGAGGGUGUCCGGAGUACAUGGGGUACGAUCAUCGUUCUCCUCAAGCUGGUGGUCUAUUCAACUUUCAUCACCCCCGGCUGACUCAAGGAUCAGGAUCGUUCGGGGGAAACCAAAAGUUCAGCCCGGAGUAUGUCAGAGAUUGCUUUCGGCGUGCUUACUCGGACGAGAACUCUCCUCGGGAUCCCUACGGGGAGGAGGACCUCAAGAGACCACACGGGCUGCGGGAGUACGCGGCAUACGAGUCAGCUGGGAUGUACCGAUCGAUGCAAUCGUUUGGCUCAGAAGGUUGGGAGCGAAGGUCGAGCGACCCUGUGAACCAGCUGGGGUAUGCCAACGGCUUCAUCAGACCGUCACCAUCUCCCACAAUGUCAGGCGACGACCCAAACAUGAUGUUCAAUCGCACCUUCUCGCACUCGCAGGCUUCCUUUCGCACCGGCUCCCUCCAGCCUCCGACCCCAACCCUCGUCCCCAUGAUGGACUCAGGCAUCCGGCCCUUCCAGCACAAGCAGAACGACUCUGCGUUCGAGCAGCUUGACUCACUUCUGCGAGCUCUGGACCUUGAGUUCGAUGACUUCGAGCGUCAAACUCUACUCUACGCUUUCACGUGUCCCGUUUGCGACACACCCAAUGCUGCCUGCACCACAACCUCCGAUCAGAUCCGCGCGGUUCAUGACGCUUUCUGCCUGAUUGAUGCAGACGGGGACAAGGCUAUCACCCUUACGGACUUGAGAGACAUCGCGUCUUGGGCGUCUGAUGACAGUGGCACCGACUUCAUCAACAAGUUGAUCGAGGCCAUGCAGGAAGUGGCGGAGGACGACGAAGUUGAAAUGCCUUGGGCCAAGCCACCUAACCCUCUGACAAGUGUCCAGGUACCCCUCAGCUGCAAGGACUUCAUGCUCGCAUUUGCUCGCUGUCUCUGCAUUUCAGCCGAAGAUGGAAUGGAGGAAGUUCUAGAGAAAAGAGCAAACGAGUAUCGUCGCAUCGGCAAACUGUUUGGGAUGGAGCGGAUUCAGAAUCAUUUCCAAUGGUCCAAGUUCUGGUUAAGUUUCUUCUCUGCGUCCUUCGCCUUCAUCGCCUUCCCCCUUUGCAAGGUGCUCGACAAGCAUCGAUCCUUUGUGGAAUGGAAGCACGGGACGGCUCGAGCAAGGAGGGGAAGCAUCGGGGGCCUCAAGAGGAAGGAGCAGGCAACCUUGUACGAUAUCCUCACAGAUUCCCAGUGGCUUCCUCCCCCGAAGACGACCUUCGACUCUUUUCAGAUCUACCUCAUGACACAGUGGGUUCCCUGCAUAUUCUCUCUGGUCAUCUACAUCAUGUUUCAAUCGCACAUGCAAGACGUCUCGGUCAUGGAAGUCUUGUCUCCCAUCGGCAACUAUAUCAUCAUCGGCAUGUACAUCGCCACCAUCUCAGGCUACGAGCAUCCCAAGUUGGUUCUACGCAGGCUGAAUCCUGCCAUGUCCUCUGAGCUCAAACACAACGAGCUUCAGAUCGGAGCUAUUGCUGACAUCCUCUUUGCCUCUCGCUUCCGCUGGUUCAGUGCAGUCGUGUCGGGCAUGGCUGGCAUCUUUCACGCUAUCAUCCCCGUCCUCCACAGGAUCUUCAUACGGACGGUCACCAACGAGGCUACGGGCGUCUGCAUUGCGGAGAUUGAACUUCUCUGGUAUGAGAAGCUCUACGUCUGGGUGUGCGGAGGCAGGGAGUGGGUCCAUUUUCUCGUUUCCGUCCCAUCCAUGGCGAUCUCGGGAUACCUGACCUAUCGACUCCUCUACACAACUCUCUCUGGGUUUCACAACGACUUGAACUUCUACUACAAGCUCGUUCUCUUCCGCGCGGCUACCCAGGCAGAGCCCUUCCUCCGCUAUAGGGCGAGGUGGAUCCGCGCGCAGUCUGAGCUUCGCAACCGCGGCAGGAGAGAGUUCCUCCAGUUCCUCAACCUGCAGAAGAAGGACGGCAAACUUGCUGCUGUGGUGCCGCAUCCGGCACUUACUUACCGAAUCGUACGCGGGUUUCAAGUCGAAGCAGGUGAGGGGCAAGAGGGAGACAUCAUCGUGUCAUACCUUCUCGUCUCGGUGCUGGUGUAUGCCUCUUACAUCUUCCUCUACUUCGGAGGAAGUCAGCUGUCCGUGUUCGAUCUCCGUGCGAGAUUCGACGUGUUUGUGUUCUCCAUCCUCCUCCUCGCCAUUGUGAACCUGAAGCUGAGCAUUCAUCAUCUGAGGAAGAGCGAUAUCCACCUCCUGCACAAGGAGUACUACUACGCGAGCAUGCACGACAGCGAGUGCCACGAGAGCGGAGGGGAGUACAUGAACCAUCGGCCAGACAUGGCGGUGGAAGAAGGAUUCGACAUGACAAGCUCCGGGGAGAUGAGCCCAGGUCGAGGCUACCCUCCUCAGCAGCGGUUUGAGGCCUCUUUUGCAAGGAGAAGAUACUUUGAGGACGAGGUGGAGGAGGGUUCCAACCAGGGCUUGCUGGUCCCGCCCAUGGCAGCAGGCAUGCCUGGCUUGCAGGUCUAUCGCAGGGAGCAGGAUUCGCACGUGCAGCAGUCCUUCCACCCAUACGGGAGGGAGGGCGAGACGCGGAAGUCUAUCUCUCCCAUGCCGGACUACACCAACCCCAUCUCUCCUUACAACCUCUAUGGCGGUGCCAUGCAGCCCCCCCAGCCCCCCCAGCCCUUCAACCGCCUUGACUUAGACACUGACCGGCCAAGUAUGAACGGAAGAGGCCCAGGAUCAGCCUUGUCCUGGCAAUGGGACCAGCGAGCUGCGAGCCCGCAGCAUAUCGGGAACAAUCACGCCAGGCAACUGCAGAGCCUUCUUCAGCAUACAGCCCACUACAUCCAAGAGUUCGACCGCCCUCCUCGCUUGCUCAGCUUCACGGUCUCCAUUCACUUCCUCCGCUACAUCUUCCUUCCACUGUUGUCUCCCUUGUUCGCCGUGUUCCGAUCGUAUGCCUUCCAGGGUCACGCCGAGCUCGAAACCGUAUCAUGUGACUAUGAAACGCCGGGUACGCCGGGUAGUUUGUAUGUGCGGCAGUACUGCCCGUACCGGCGCCGGCUGUGGGGCAUCUGCCGUCCGAGCGGAGUAAUCAUCAUCAUCAUAGUAACAGUCGACUCAGAAAAGUUGCCAAGUUACUCAAAGUUGCCGUACCGUCGAUCGUUUGGUCAGGCUGGCAGCGGCCGAGUCAGCGGAAAGUUCAACGGUGCGCGGCCGCUUCAGACUCUCACUGCCAGGCUGUCUGCCGCAGUGCAAGCCUCGGACAGGCUUCAAGUUUACAGGGCCCUAGUAUCAGCCACUAAGUUGGGGGACCGACAGCACCAAGCUCAGCACCGUCUUUUCUCUUCGUAG